CGUCACAUGACCUCAGCGAAAGACUACUGAAGCGACAUCUCGUCCUUUUCACAACUCACAGGCUUUGAGCCUGCUGGAGUCAUGGCAUCACAGACUAUACCUAGGUUAACGGCCUCCUCAAGACAGCAAAAGGAAUUGAUUUCGAGGCCACUUGCACACAGUCGACGCCGAGAUAAACCCCAACUUUCCUGUGACCAGUGCCGACGACGAAAAUCAAGAUGCGAUCGCCAACGGCCAUGCUCGUGCUGUACAACACGUGGUCAGCCAUGUACAUAUCCCGAAGGUUCUGCGUCUAUGGGUCCGCCACAGCCACUGUCUGGUACAAGCACUGCCCAUGACCGCAUCGUACGCCUGGAGCGCUUGGUCAUGUCUAUGAUGCAGAGCUCGACUAUGAAGCCCGAUGUUGAUCGCACUCCGGACGCCGGCAGGCAAUCGAUGCCUGGGCCUGCAACACCGGCCGACACUAUACCAAUAGAGGCCUCGGCCGAUGAGCACUCUGACUGCGGAAGCCUGAGAAUCAGUGACUUAGAGCUUCGUUACGUUGGAGGAGACCAUUGGGUGGCGAUUCUGGAUGGAAUUGCCGAUCUAAAAGAUCACAUCGACCGCGACGAACAAUUACGGCUCGCUGGGGAUUACAAUGCUAUUGGAGACGAGGUAGAUAGUGCUGAUACUCUUGCCUCACCGCAAGAUAGAGGCGCAUUACUACUCUAUGGGUGUCGGCACGCGGCUUCUCGCGAUGAGAUUCUCUCUGCAUUGCCUCCAAAGUACGCCGUCGAUCGCUAUGUCUCACACUAUUUCAACUACUUGGAUCUCGUGUCGUCUGCGACUGUUCAUGGACCGAGCUUUCUGCGCGAGUAUGGCGCCUUCUGGGCUAACCCGUCCAGCGUCCCAGUGAUGUGGAUUGGACUUCUCUUCAGUAUGAUUUGUCUUGCUUGCAUAGCUUCUGACCCGCCCGGAGAUCUAGAGGUGGAACAGAAUUUUCUUCAGGUGGAUCUUUAUCGUGAAAAGGUUGUUCAAUGUCUUUUCAUGGGCGAAUAUACUAAGUCUGGUCCAUACGUCUUGGAGACUGUCAUCAACUAUGUUUACAUUGAGUUCGGCACACGUACCGAUGCCGAUAAAGACAUGUGGUUUCUCCUUGCACUUGAAGUCAACUUAGCCAAGCGCAUGGGAUACCAUAGAGAUCCGAGUCACUUUCCCGGUAUUUCGCCUUUCCGUGGAGAAAUGCGACGGCGACUCUGGGCAACAGUGCUGAUGAGCGACAUCCUCCUGUCGAAUCAAAUGGGUAUGCCGCGCAUGAUCUCUGACUGGCAAUACGACACGUCAGAACCACGGAAUCUUGAUGAUACCAAUUUCGACGAGGACACACAGGAACUGCCUCAGUCACGACCAGAAAGCGAACUAACUACCGCGCUGGGAAUAGUGGCACGAACACGAAUGUUGAAGGCGCUUGGUACCAUCGCUGAUCUUACAAGUGCGGCGAAAGCAUGCAGUUAUACUGAAGUAAUGCGAGUGGAUGGAAUACUACAUGAAGCAGUUCAGAGCAUUCCAACGCCCUUGAAGAUGAAGCCGAUGGCAGCUAGCUUGACCGAUUCGCCACAAGCAAUUGUUUCUCGCCUCUUCAUCCAGCAUAUGUUUUACAAAGGGCAAGUCAUGCUGCAUCGACGGUUUGUCUUUACGCAGGCUUCUGAGAGUGACGAAAGCCACAACUACUCACUAAACACAUGUGUUGACGCCUCGCUGGGCAGCCUGGAGAUCCAGCACAUACUCGACGAAGAAACCCGCCCCGGGGGCCAGCUUCACGUGAUGCGCUGGCGUGUUACGUCUAUCAUGAACCAUCAAUUCCUUACGGCUACCAUGCUUCUAUGCUCGAUGCUGCACCAUGAACAAACUGUAGAGCGAGAAGCUGAGAUUCGGGCUGGACUGCAGCGAGCAAGGGCAAUCUGGUUACGCAGAAGUUCAAUCUCGAAAGAGGCAAGAAAGGCUGCAGAGGCAGUGAGCCUUGUGCUGGCCCGAGGGAAACCAACAGAAACCUGUGCAAAAAGAGAUGGACCUCAUGACAUGGUCACUGGCCUUGACCAAGGCCGGCCGGCGGUCUCACCAGAGACUGCAAAUCUUAACGAGGGCCGGCUUAUGCCAGACUUCUUGGGUACUUAUAUGCCAUCCGGCCUUCAGAACCCAGAUUUGGGCGUCGAUAUGAACAUUUACGGGGACCUCCCUGAUGGAUGGAUGAUGUUUGUAAAUUGGCCUGGAACUGGUUGAGGCUCACCUACUGCAAAGGCCCUGCGUUGUCCUAAUAUCUGCAAAAUAUCUAAUUGUUCUUACUCCUCCAUGGAUAGUGAACCUCUUUACAGUUUACGCCAUCCUCUUUUUGUGUGAUUCUAUAUACUAUCUUCAAGAUAUCUCUAUAAUAUACACAGGCCAUCUUUCGGAGCGACACGCUAGUAAUCCUCCAAGCUUUGAUUAAGCGGACCCGAACAUAAUACUAGCCCUACGAAUCGAAACAUACUGGAAGAAAAGCAUAGUGGG